AUGAUGAUGGCCAACGGGGUGAUAACAAAUAACUAUGAUGGGGUGUACGGGGAUGGGUACAUGGAACAGGAAGAGGAGUGGGAGCGUGAGGGUUUACUUGACCCGGCAUGGGAGAAACAACAGAAAAAGACGUUCACAGCAUGGUGCAACAGUCACUUAAGGAAAGCCGGCACGGGCAUCGAAAAUAUCGACGAGGACUUCAGGAAUGGGCUCAAGCUCAUGUUGCUCUUGGAGGUGAUCUCAGGGGAAACCCUGCCCAAGCCAGAUCGCGGCAAGAUGCGCUUCCACAAGAUCGCCAACGUCAACAAAGCCUUAGACUUCAUCGCGUCUAAAGGCGUAAAACUGGUGUCGAUUGGUGCCGAGGAAAUAGUUGACGGCAACCUUAAGAUGACGCUGGGUAUGAUCUGGACAAUCAUCCUCAGGUUCGCGAUCCAGGACAUCUCCGUUGAAGAAAUGACCGCAAAGGAAGGUCUACUCCUCUGGUGCCAGCGCAAGACGGCGCCCUACAAGAACGUCAACGUGCAGAACUUCCACUUGUCCUUCAAGGACGGCCUGGCCUUCUGCGCCCUCAUCCACAGGCACAGGCCCGACCUCAUCGACUACAGCAAACUGUCCAAAGACAACCCCAUGGAGAACCUGAACACGGCUUUCGACGUCGCCGAAAAGUACCUCGACAUCCCGCGCAUGUUGGACCCCGACGACCUCAUAAACACGCCAAAGCCGGACGAACGCGCCAUUAUGACCUAUGUGUCAUGUUACUACCACGCGUUCCAAGGCGCACAACAGAACACGGCGAUGCCGGACGAGCGCGCCGUCAUGACGUACGUCUCCUCGUACUACCAUUGCUUCUCGGGUGCGCAGAAGGCUGAAACGGCCGCGAACCGCAUCUGCAAGGUCCUCAAAGUCAACCAGGAGAACGAACGCCUCAUGGAAGAGUACGAACGUCUCGCCAGCGAUCUGCUGGAGUGGAUCCGUCGAACCAUGCCCUGGCUGAACAGCCGCCAGACUGACAACUCGCUUGCCGGUUGCCAGAAGAAGCUGGAAGACUACCGUACUUACAGGCGUAAGCACAAACCGCCACGUGUCGAGCAGAAAGCCAAGCUGGAGACCAAUUUCAACACACUCCAGACCAAGCUGCGUCUCAGCAACCGACCCGCCUAUAUGCCCACUGAGGGCAAGAUGGUCUCUGACAUCGCGCAAGCGUGGAAGGGUCUGGAGAUCGCCGAGAAGGCGUUCGAGGAGUGGCUGCUCAGCGAGAUGAUGCGCCUCGAGCGUCUCGAGUACCUCGCGCAGAAGUUCAAGCACAAGGCCGACAUCCACGAGGACUGGACCAGGGGCAAGGAGGAGAUGCUGCAGUCGCAGGACUUCCGCCAGUGCAAGCUAUACGAUAUCAAGGCGCUGAAGAAGAAGCACGAGGCGUUCGAGUCCGACCUCGCCGCGCACCAGGACCGCGUCGAGCAGAUCGCCGCCAUCGCGCAGGAGCUCAACACGCUGGAGUACCACGAGGUGGGCGCGGUGAACGCCCGCUGCCAGCGCAUCUGCUCGCAGUGGGACCGGCUGGGCGCGCUCACACAGCGGCGCCGCCUCGCGCUCGACGACGCCGAGCGGGUGCUCGAGCAGAUCGACCUGCUGCACCUCGAGUUCGCCAAGCGCGCCGCGCCCUUCAACAACUGGUUGGACGGCACCCGCGAGGAUUUGGUGGAUAUGUUCAUCGUGCAUACGAUUGAGGAGAUCUCGGGGCUGAUGGACGCCCACGCCCGCUUCAAGGCCACGCUCGGUGAAGCCGACAAGGAGUACCAGGCGAUAGUCAACCUUGUGCACCAAGUUGAAUCCAUCGUGAAGCAGCACCAGAUCCCUGGAGGCUUGGAGAACCCCUACACUACACUCACCGCUCACGAGCUGAACCGCAAGUGGUCGGACGUGCGGCAGCUGGUGCCGCAGCGCGACUCCACGCUCGCCGCCGAACUGCGCAAGCAGCAGAACAACGAGACGCUCCGCCGCCAGUUCGCCGAGAAGGCCAACGCCGUCGGCCCGUGGAUCGAGCGCCAGAUGGACGCGGUCACCGCCAUCGGCAUGGGCCUGCAGGGCUCGUUAGAAGAUCAGUUGCGCCGUCUCAAGGAGUACGAGGCGGGCGUAUAUGCUUACAAGCCGCACAUCGAAGAGCUCGAACGCAUCCACCAAGCUGUGCAAGAGGGCAUGAUCUUCGAGAACAGAUACUCGCAAUACACGAUGGAGACCCUCCGCGUCGGCUGGGAGCAGCUGCUGACCUCCAUCAACCGCACCAUCAACGAGGUGGAGAACCAGAUCCUCACGCGCGACUCCAAGGGCAUCACCCACGAGCAGCUCAACGAGUUCCGCGCCUCCUUCAACCACUUCGACAAGAACCGGACCGGGCGCCUUGCUCCCGAAGAGCUGAAAUCGUGCCUUGUGUCUCUCGGCUACAGCAUCGGAAAGGACAGGCAAGGAGAACUCGACUUCCAGCGCAUCCUCGCCGUGGUAGACCCGAACAACACUGGUUACGUGUCAUUCGACGCAUUCUUGGACUUUAUGACACGGGAAUCCACCGACACUGACACUGCUGAACAGGUCAUUGACAGCUUCAGGAUCUUAGCCGGCGACAAGCCGUACAUAACCGCGGAGGAGCUGCGCCGCGAGCUGCCACCCGACCAGGCAGAGUACUGCGUGGCCCGCAUGCCGCCAUACCGCGGCUCCGGCGCACCGCCCGGUGCCCUCGACUACAUGGCCUUCUCCACCGCGCUCUACGGCGAAACCGACCUC